AUGCCGCGCAUCUACGCGCCCAUCAAGUCCAAGAAGCGGCCCACGCCCAGGGGUCUCAUGGAGGCUGCAGCACGGAGCGAGGAUCCCGUGCAGGAAAUGCUCUCCGGCGCCAACCCCCUCUACGGCAUGGGCACGCAUCGGUCCAAUCAGUGCAAGGAGGAGUCGCGCACACCCGGCCCUGGUGCCUACCGGACGCUCUCCACCUUCCCGAAUUCCCACAAGGAUGAGGUCUGCAACCACAGCAUCUUCAAGCGUGCUCCGCGUGGUCUCCUCAGCGCUCGAGCUCGGGACUUCGGCCGAGUGGCCGACAUCUCGAACCCGUACCUGAUCAUCCCACCAGUGGUCACGAUGUUCCAUGAGCAGGUCAACGGCCAAGAGCCGAAGAGGAUGUCCGCCAGCAAGAACACGAUCAACACGAUGCCUCCCUGCAGCGCCAACCACAAGAUUCUGAAAGGACAUGGUGGGACGAUUCCAAGAGGACACGGGCUUCCUUUCUGA